UGAAACUGAAGCAACAGUCCGAGCCGCUUUCAGAAUGACACGUCUGCAGGAGUGAGCUGAGCGUGUGCGCGGAACCGGGCUCUCCUGCCUUCUGGGCUCCAACGCAGCUCCGUGGCUGAACUGGGUGCUCACCGCCACGGGACCGCCGGGCUAUGGAAUACAGAUGUGGCAGUACAGGUAGCCCCACGUUGCCUAGAGGAAUACAUCAUGGGUUUUAAGAAGAAAUUGUAGAAGCAAUUUUUAACACCACACACACACACACACACACACACACACACACACACACACACACACACUGUAAAGAUGCAAAAACGCAAUAUCCACGAAGAUCCUAUUACCUAGGAAGACUCGGAUGUUUUGCUGUGAAUGCGGUAUUGGGAUUUAUUUGUUCUUGGAGUGUUCUGCAUGGCUGGUAAAGAAUAAUGUUCCAAAAUCGGUCCAUCUCCCAAGGGGUCCAAUUUUUCUUCCUGGGUGUCAGCGAGCCCUGACUCACUACACUGCAGCUGACAGGGGCUGUCAUGCAGGCGGCCCCUAAGCCAAAGCAAAAGACCUAAGGACGGCCUUUGAACAAUACAAAGGAUGGGUUUCAAUGUAAUUAGGCUACUGCGCGGAUCAGCUGUAGCGGUGGUUCUAGCCCCCACUGUCUUACUGACAAUGCUCUCUUCCGCUGAAAGAGGAUGCCCUAAGGGUUGUAGGUGCGAGGGCAAAAUGGUAUACUGUGAAUCUCAGAAACUGCAGGAGAUCCCCUCAAGCAUAUCCGCUGGUUGCUUGGGUUUAUCCCUUCGCUACAACAGCCUCCAAAAACUUAAGUAUAAUCAGUUUAAAGGGCUCAAUCAGCUCACCUGGCUCUACCUUGACCAUAACCAUAUCAGCAAUAUUGACGAGAAUGCUUUCAAUGGGAUACGCAGACUCAAAGAGUUGAUUUUGAGUUCCAACAGAAUCUCUUAUUUUCUUAACAACACCUUCAGACCUGUGACCAAUUUACGGAACUUGGAUCUGUCCUAUAAUCAGCUCCAUUCUCUGGGAUCUGAACAGUUCCGGGGCUUGAGGAAGCUGCUUAGUUUACACCUCCGCUCCAACUCCCUGAGAACCAUCCCGGUGCGGAUCUUCCAAGACUGUCGCAACCUGGAACUUCUGGACCUGGGGUAUAACAGGAUCCGAAGUUUAGCCAGGAAUGUCUUUGCUGGCAUGAUCAGACUAAAAGAACUUCACCUGGAGCACAACCAAUUUUCCAAGCUCAACCUAGCUCUUUUCCCAAGGUUGGUUAGCCUUCAGAACUUGUACAUGCAGUGGAAUAAAAUCAGUGUAAUCGGGCAAACCAUGUCCUGGACUUGGAGUUCCUUACAGAGGCUUGACCUGUCGGGUAACGAGAUCGAAGCCUUCAGUGGACCCAGUGUCUUCCAGUGUGUCCCUAACCUGCAGCGCCUCAACCUGGAUUCCAACAAGCUCACAUUUAUUGGCCAAGAGAUUCUGGAUUCUUGGAUCUCUCUCAAUGACAUCAGUCUUGCCGGGAAUAUAUGGGAAUGCAGCAGGAAUAUCUGUUCCCUGGUAAACUGGCUGAAAAGUUUUAAAGGGCUGAGAGAGAACACAAUUAUCUGCGCCAGUCCCAAAGAGCUGCAGGGGGUAAACGUGAUCGACGCGGUGAAGAACUACAGCAUCUGUGGCAAAAGCACCACCGAGAGGUUUGACUUGGCCAGGGCGCUCCCCAAGCCCACGUUUAAGCCCAAGCUCCCCAGGCCGAAGCACGAGAGCAAGCCUCCGCUGCCCCCCACGGUGGGAGCUACAGAGCCCAGCCCAGAGACAGAUGUGGACACGGAGCACAUCUCCUUCCAUAAGAUCAUCGCGGGCAGUGUAGCCCUUUUCCUGUCGGUGCUGGUCAUCCUCUUGGUCAUGUACGUGUCCUGGAAGCGGUACCCAGCCAGCAUGAAGCAGCUGCAGCAGCGCUCCCUCAUGAGAAGGCACCGGAAGAAGAAAAGGCAAUCGCUCAAGCAAAUGACUCCCGGCACCCAGGAAUUUUAUGUAGAUUAUAAACCCACCAACACCGAGACCAGCGAGAUGCUGCUGAACGGAACGGGACCCUGCACCUAUAGCAAAUCAGGCUCCAGGGAGUGUGAGAUACCUUUAUCAAUGAAUGUGUCAACCUUUCUGGCAUACGACCAGCCCACAAUAAGUUACUGUGGGGUUCAUCAUGAACUUCUCUCUCAUAAGCCCUUUGAAACGAAUGCACAGGAAGACACGAUGGAAAGCCACCUAGAGACUGAGCUGGACCUGAGCACAAUCACGUCAGCUGGCCGCAUCAGUGACCAUAAACCACAGCUGGCUUGACCGAGCUGAGCGGUAGCCCAGGCUUGCUACCGAACUGUAACCUCAACGACAGAGAGGAAAAAUUGUUCAUUGCAACUCUCAAAAACAAAACAAAACAAAAACAAAAAUCCCCUGUUCAAAUAAACAAAAUUCCAAGAUUGGUUCAUGAAAUAAAUGAAGACAUGAAAUGUUUCAAGUCUAUACUUUGUAACUAGCUAAGUUGUGCAGUAUUUUUUUGACUUUGACGAAGAAUGUCCCUGAAAAAAAAAUCAUUUUUUCCAAAACUCAUCCUACCUACAUGUAAAAAUUGUACAGCGCUAAUGUAUUUUUUCAUAUUAUAAAGUUUCAAUCCUAGGAACAACUGGUAUGUACAGUACCAUAAUUUAAUUAUGCUUUACUUUACAAACGUUACACCUUUCAGUUUCUAAAAUUUUAAAUUAACAAACAUUAUUUCUUGUGUUCUUGAAAGUUACUCGGUUUUGUAGGGGCUGUUUUGUUACUGCAUUUGUGCCCAAAAACCUUGACUCUGAAAUCUGUCCUGUGCGAACAAUGCACGAUUUUUAUCAUUAUAUCAUGCUUACUGCAUAGAAUUUUAUCUACUGUUCCAGAAAUAAUACAUUAACCCAAAAAGGUUUUAAUUGUUCAGACGUUCUUCAAUUACAUAGACAGAUCUUUCUUAUAAAUGAAAAAAAAUCAGAUUUUUUAACAGUUCUAAGACUUAACUGUUGCCUUGAAUUACAGCCUAGUUUCUAAGCAGUGAAAUGUAAUGAUAAAGAGGGAUAUUUUAACAAAGUAUUUCCGAAUGAAUGACUCAUUAUUUCAUUCUUUUGAGUAACCAUUGUUAAGCAUAGGGGAAAGCAUGGACCAAACAUCGCUGGAAACAAAGGUCGUAACCACAGCAACAGACUUGAUACACUUCAAAUGUGCAGCUACAAUGACAAAGAAAAACUUCUGUUACAUCUCCUUAUUGUCAGGCCAAGGUGGGAGGAUAUGGCAUAAUUGUACAGUAGCAAUUUUUCCCUUAAUUAACCCAAAGUGGUUUUAUCUAAAAAUAACCACAAGUCAGUUCAAAUUGUGCCUGGUUCUUAAGGCAAGUUUUCAUUUAGAAGGUGAAGCUAUAUUGGGGGAAUAUCUCAAAGGAAAAAUACAGAAUUUUUCUUAUUGUGUACCACAACUGGGAAAGAACAUUAAAAAUCUAGUUCUUUCAAUAUAGAUGUGCUCGGUGGAGAAAACUCACUGUUGUUGGAGACAACAGUAUACAGUUCCCUUCUUCAUGUUGUUGUUCAUUUGCAGAUUUAGCUACAAAUUAUCCAAAACAAUAACCAAGAGCUACUAGACAUCAAUCCCAGUCACAUAUUGGUUACAUGAUUGUGUCUUAACAUGAAUGCAAAUCAAAUUAAGAAAACCUGGUUUUCCCACAGCUGAAAUGGUAAUUUGUGUAUCAUGUCUACCUGACAGGUUACUAUUGAAAGCAUCAUUAGUUUGUCCAUGGUAAUCACACAUCCUUUUUUUUCUUUCCAAUGUUUCAAUAGAAAACUGCACGUGUCAAUCCUUGCUAUGUGAACAGAAGCAUUUUUCCAUGAUUUAACUUAAUAUUAAUGACAUCAAAAGCAGAGGCAGAAAACAUCAGUCUAACAGAAGUCAAACACAAUCAAAAAUGGUAAAGAAAAAAAACAGUGAAAAGUGAUGCCAACCUUAAUUUUCUAUCUCCUCCUACGAAACACUUCCUGUAUGCAUACAGCUUCAAACAGGUGGAUCACAGCAAAUUUAAGAACACUACCAGGAAGGAAGAGUUUCAAAAUUGUAAAGCAAAUAGUUGUUUAAAUGAAAAGGGAAGCAAAAUAAUGGAAAAGGCAAACCAUUAACUUUAAUGUAACUACAAAUGUCACGGUACUUGUAUCAAAUAUUUAGCAUCCCGGAUUUUGUAACAUAUUUUGCAUAAAUUAUUUGCUAUUUGAGAUUUUUGUUAUUUAAGUCUAAUUUUGAUCUUGUUUUCCAGUUUCUGGUUUCUUUGCAAUGUAUUAUUCUGAUUGUUCUUGAUCCCUUACACUGAGAUUUAGCUCUGAACAAAAUUUAAAGUGGGAUAAAAAUCUCUUCUUUGUGAGUCUGAAAUCAAAUGGAAUUUUAUUAUAUAAACCAAAAUGUUAUUUGCAACUUUUUCAUUAGAAGUCAUUCUCCCAAAUACCCAAAGAAGCACUCAUUUGUAAAACUAAACACUUUCAAAUUUUCCCACAAACUUAAAUUGAGUAAAAAUUUCAAAAAACAAAAAAAAAAACUUAAGACUCCAGAGGAGCCUUACAAAUGUACACCCUUGAUUUCCUGAUGCAAAGCACUUUCUUUAAACAUUUUUAAUGUAUCAAUUUUGCAAAUUCUUUGAGAAUCUCAUAAGUGCUUACAAUGUAUUUUGAUCAUAUUCAGCCCUCAACAUAUCCACAACUCUUCUAGAUCCACCCCCACCUGCAUCCCCAAAGUUCUUCCAACUUUACACACACACACACACACACACACACACACAACCUACUGAGUCCAACGUACAUUGCUCACAUGCACGUGUGUGGGGCCAUCAACUGGAGCACAGUCAACUGACCAGGAACAACACUCCUAAAAAUAACUCUGACUUUCCUCCCCAUUGGAUGUUGCUAAAACUUUUCAUUUCAUCUACAGUAAACUAUCAAUGAGAACAAUCACCUUGGAACUGUGCCUGGGAGCACCCUGUGUGCUCAGGUAUAGUAAGAAGCCAACAACCUAAGAAUUUUGAGAUCUUUCACUUUUGGCAUUAAGCCCUAAAGGUCAUAAAACAAGAAAAAAUUAUGUUAGGUUAUAUCAUUUUUUUGUUCUGCCUUGUCAGGGGUGGGAGGUAGCUGGUGUUAAAAUCUGCUAGACUAGGUGGUAGAAGGAUAGAAUCUUUAUCACACAUAUGAAACUUCAAUCAAAAACUUUUAUCUAUAACUUUUCUUUUUCAGCAGUAUUAUUCUCCCUCUAACCAUCUGCCUGGAGCCUGUGCUCACCUCCUUGGCUACUGCUCACCUAACUAAACAACAGAAAAAGUUGUCUGCAUGGUUGUUGGGGUUGAAAAUUCGAGUCUGACUCACCACAGCUACAACAGCAGAAACACAUGAUAAAGCCAGGCAGUGUUUUAAGGUUUACAAAUCCUUCCUAAACAAUCCUGUGAAGAUAUACUCCUGCCCCUUAAGUUGAGACUCAUCCAAGGACACAGAGCUAAUGCCCACUAGGGUGAGCCACUCUCAAAGCCCAGAGGUUGUUUUGUUUUGUUUUUGUUGUUGUUUUAUUUUGUUUUGUUUUGUUUCCAUUAUGCUAAGUUCCCUUUCUCUGGCCAGAGCCAAAGAACCACCAGAAAAAACAGACAGAAGAAACUAGUAGACAUGUCACUUAGUGAGUUCUAAUUCAUCUCAGAAGCCUGUACACUUUAUGAUCCAGGGAACUCUCUGCAAGAAGGCUCUAGGCUUGCUCGUGACGAUCCUUUGUUUAGAAUUACUGCAUGUCACACAUUUCUCAAUACACAAGGUCAUUUGUGAGUGUGCUGCCGAGAGGAGAGAUAAACAGACCCCAGAAUGCAGAGGAAAGACAAGAGGUGCUGAAAGAGAAACCAGUCUACACUGAGAUCAUUUAGUGGUUGUAAAAAGUUCAUAAUACAGCCUGAUUGUACAUUCAACUGAGUUGACUCUGAGUUAACUAGGAAGACAAUUUCUUUUUCUGUGUUUUGGUAAAAUUUUUUUAAGUUAUUAAAGCUUUUAAAAGAACUCUCAUGAUAAAGAAAGAUAAAACACCAGUUAUUCAAAUAGAUGCAGAUACUAAAAACUAUGACAGUCUGAGAAUAUUUUGGGGCUUAUCGUGUCUCCAUCGCUGUCUCCUCCUGAACGUUCUAGAAAUCUCAUAAAACCAGCAAGACUUAUAAUAUAAAUUACAUUUUGGAAGGCAAUAUGAGCCAAAAUUAACACUCAAGACAAACAUAACCCCGUUUCAACUUAGAUCUGUCUGCUUUCAGAAAUUGCUUAGGAAUUGCAAAAUUUAUUUGCAAAGAUAUUUUCUAAAAUAAACUGUUUAGGAGAGUAAAAAUACACUUGAUUUUAACUAUUCCUGACUGGAAGAAAGAUGCCGUUUCAAACUAAAUGCUGGAAAUAAGAAGCUGAAAGUAUGAAAACAGAGAGCUGGUAGGAACUGUUAGUAGGAAGAAAGAAAUUCAGUAACACAUGAUCAUGGAGAUGCAGUGAGCCUGGCAGGUAUCAAGCAAUUCUCAGAGUAAAUCUAGCAACAAUGUUAGGUAUGUUCUUUUGUGGGGGUGCAUCCAUGUGCACACACUCAUGUAGAAGCCAGAGAUCAGCCUUGGAUGUUGUUGUUCAACCAUUGUCCAUUUUGGUUUUAGGAACACAGUCAGCCACUGGAACCCAGGAGAAACCAAGGAUACUAGACUGGUUAGCUAUUAAAACCCCAUGGGUCUUCUUAGCUCUACAUCCCCACCACAACACUCAGCCCUCUUACAUGGGGAUGACACUCAGGUGCUCAGACUUGUACAGCUAACUCUAUACCUACUGAGAUGUUUCCACAGGUCAUCUUAAAGCCCUGAAGAAUUGCUCAUAUUGAGUGGGAGUUUAAGCAGUCAGACAGGCUUAAGUUCCUGAUAGGUUGGCUUUGCAGUGAGAAUUCAGAUAAACUGCUGUAACUGUAAAAGGUUCCAACAGCACCUAUUACUAUAUGAACUCACCACACGAUGCCUAAUCUGAGAUGCCAACCACAAAUAAUCCAGAAUUGAUGCUUUAAAGACUGUGACAUCAUCAUGAGGGUGAAGUAGACUAGCAACCAGGAACUGUGUUUUGACUUGAAAAUGCAAUGAGAGAAAACGUUUGGAAAAUUUGACAGCAAAGAAACACCAGAAGGCUGUUAGGUUGUUUCUAAUGGUGUUCUGUGACUUGCAUUAGAUUUUUAUUGUGAGGUUAAAAAGCAGCUACAUCUAAUUUUUUUAAAUCAGAGUUAAGUUCACAUUUUAAAAGGUCUAUAGUUGGUUGCCAUUUUAUAGGGAUGAUGAGUGCACCAGCUCUCCAAGACUUAUUGAACUCUAGAAUUCCUUUCUCUUCUCUCCUAAACCUUUAAAGAUUUGGUUUCAUCUGUCUUCCUACAAAGCUGAAUGAAAUUUUUGUAUGUGUAUAAAUCAAAUUAUAUUUUAAAUGCACAGGAGACCCUGUAAUAAAGGAUCCUUGCAGUAAA